AUGGAGCAAACUUUGGCGAAAGGCAAGCAAAUACAAGAUGAUUAUGCUGCUGUAGUGAAGAAGCUACGCGCAAUGCUUCAUUUUACAGAAGUGCAACUCCGAGCUCACAAGAAUCAGACCUUGUUUUUGAUGCAUAUAGCUGCCAAAACACUUCCUAAAGGACUUCAUUGUCUUCCUUUGUGCCUAUCAACAGAGUUUUUCAUGUCGAAUUCUUCUGAAAGGCAUUUUCCGAAUGAAGAAAAAUUAGUAGAUUCCAAGCUAUACCAUUAUGCCCUAUUUUCUGAUAACAUAUUGGCAGCGGCAGUUGUAGUGAACUCAACCAUAACUCAUGCAAAGGAUCCUGCAAACCACGUGUUCCACAUCGUCACCGACACGCUCAACUAUGCUGCAAUGAAGAAGUGGUUUUUGGCAAAUCCACCUGGCAAAGCUACAAUACAGGUUCAGAAUGUUGAGGAAUUUACAUGGUUGAAUUUGAGUUACAGUCCAGUUCUUAAACAGUUGGGUUCUUCGUCCAUGAUUGAUUAUUACUUCAAAAGUCGUCGUGUUGAAUCUGAUUCAAACUUGAAAUUCAGAAAUCCUAAGUACGUCUCUAUCAUGGAUCAUCUCCGCUUUUACGUCCCAGAGAUCUUCCCGAAGCUCGACAAGGUUUUAUUCUUAGAUGAUGAUGUAGUGAUCCAAAAGGAUCUCACGGCUCUUUGGUCACUUGAUCUGAAGGGUAAGGUGAGCACGUGUAGAGAAAGCUUUCACAGCUUUGAUGGUUACCUAAACUUUUCAAAUCCGCUUAUUUCGGAAAAUUUUGAUCCUCGUGCUUGUGGUUGGGCAUUUGGAAUGAAUAUCUUCAACCUGAAGAAAUGGAGGAAGCAGAAUAUAACGGAUGUGUACCACAGAUGGCAAAAUCUGAAUCACGACAGACUUUUAUGGAAAUUUGGAACUCUGCCACCCGGUUUGAUAACCUUUUGGAAUCGCACUUUCACUCUCGACAUUUGUGGCUUGGAGCACAUGUUGGAAGCCAUUUAUGUUUUGUCAAUGUUCAUCUCUCUCGAUUGA